AAGCACAACUUUGAAGAAGCCCUGUUCUUGUUCCAAAGGUUGUCUUUUGAUAAAGAAGGAAUGAUUCAGAGGGCCAGGCGUCUGAUUGACCUUUAUAAGGAAGCAGGAAUUGGUAAAGAUCGGAUUCUCAUAAAGCUUUCUUCAACAUGGGAAGGAAUUCAGGCUGGCAAGGUUCUGGAAGCAGAGUACGGGAUUCAUUGCAACAUGACCUUGCUGUUCUCCUUUGCUCAGGCAGUCGCCUGUGCAGAAGCUGGGGUUACUCUGAUCUCCCCAUUUGUAGGACGCAUCCUGGAUUGGCAUGUUGCUAAUGGAGAUAAGAAAAUCUAUGAAGCUUCAGAAGAUCCAGGAGUGAAGAGUGUCACUAAGAUCUAUAAUUACUACAAGAAGUUUGGCUACAAAACCAUUGUGAUGGGUGCUUCAUUUCGAAAUACAGGAGAAAUCAAAGCGCUCACAGGCUGUGACUAUCUCACUAUUUCACCCAAGCUUUUGGCAGAGCUCAGCAAAGAGCAUGUGAAGCUAACUCCCACACUCAGUGUUAAGGAGGCUCAGGCCUGUGACCUCGAGAAGAUCCACCUCGAUGAGAAGGCAUUCCGCUGGCACCAUAAUGAAGACCAAAUGGCUGUGGAGAAACUAUCUGAUGGGAUCAGAAAAUUUGCUGCAGAUGCAAUAAAAUUAGAGAGGAUGUUAAAGGAACGAAUGUUCAGCACUGAGAAUGGGAAGUGAAAGAGUCAGAGUUCUCCUGACUCCUUAAGGCUGAAUGAGUGGAUCACCUGCAAAUUAAAUGGAUGUACAAAUGUCUUACUUGGAAAAGUCUUAUGUUGUGUAUGCAUAGAUUUCUGUAUUAUGCUUUUUAAAAAAAACAAUUUGUAAAAGGACAAGACUUCAUUGUUUUUGUGGCACUUUGUUAAUACAUGCAAAUUAACACCUACUUUCCUUGUAAUGCGUUUACUUCCUUGCUAAAAGGAAUUGAGUGAUUCAGCUGACAUAAGAGUUCAGUUUCUAUUAGAACAUAAUAUUGUGGUUUGUAGUAAACUCCUAAUUGUCUAUGUUCCUCCCAUGUUAAGAAAACAGUUGUCUCUCAUGCUGUCUUACUGUGACUUGAAAAAAAAACAAAGCAGUUUUCAGAAACCAACUGUGGUACAGAAACCGCAGGUACUGGGCUCUGGUCCUUUCUUGCCCUUUUUUUGCAGCCAAGGCAAUGGCAGCAGCAACUCACUGAGUGGUAGAAUUCAUUGCUGUGUUGAAGCUGAACAUGGUACUAUUGUUACAACACCAGCAUGAGUUACACUACUUCAAAAUUAGGUAACCAAGUCAAGCAGUUACUUGUUAACUUCAUGACUGUUUAAUCUGACCUGACAGAAUGAACAUCUGGAUACAACAA